CCAGCCACCUGCUCUUCCUGGUCAAGAUCAAUCCCGCUGGGGCGCUUCCCCUGUGACAGGAUGCACGCCAGUUCAAGCAUGAACACUUGCCACGAUUGUUCCUUGUCCCAAAAUGUGACGUUGAUCUAACGGCUAGACUCGCCCUUCUCGCUCUCAUGCGGUUUCGGAACUUCGAAGGAACAUAUUAUAUCAGGCAACACGAUGUGCCUUAUUUUCGCGUUUAACCGACGUAUAUUCCAAGGCGUAUGUCCUCAUGAUUCUCCCCAAUAGUCUGUUAGCUUUGCGUCUCCCUGAGAAACCCAUGGAGCGAUUGGUCUGAUUUUCAUCUCGUUGCCCCGCGACUUGCGUACAGUAAUCACCCUGGUUCUCACAAUCGUGAAGCGAAAUGAAUAUAUCUUAAUAAGGACAAGUGCCAUAACCAGGUAGACGCCAGCAAUGUCAAAGGAAAAAAGGCGUAUUCUUCCUGUUAGACCAAAGGGAAGGGAUGAGCCCUGCCUCAAUAGGUCCGUUUAACCCUGCAAAUCGGUAACCCGUCUAUAAGCCGUGGAUUCAGGCUGUGUUAGGUUGAUAGGAAUCCAAAAAGAUGGCAUCCAUGAAACUGAAAGGAGGUGCAACAGAAAAAGCUUUGUCUCCUGAAGAGCAGCAGGCCAAGAUUGGUGAAAUCAGAAAGAUCAUUGGUCCAAUUACCGACAAGUUCCCAGCAUUGUUUUCAGAUGCAUCAAUACAAAGGUUCCUCAGAGCACGAAACUGGAAUGUGAAAAAAAGUGCAAAAAUGAUGAAAGAAACCUUGAAGUGGAGGGUGGAAUACAAGCCAGAGAAAAUUCGAUGGGAUGAUGUGUCAUGUGAAGCUAAGACUGGAAGGUUAUAUAGAGCUGACUUUUUGGAUAAGCAAGGGCGGAUUGUUCUUGUGAUGAGAGCAGGUGUUCAGGGUACAAGCUCAUCGGUGGAGCAGAUCAAGUACUUGGUUUACUGUAUGGAGAAUGCCAUAUUAAAUCUAAAUUCCAAUCAGCAACAGAUGAUUUGGCUUGUUGAUUUUCAAGGGUGGAGCAAAUCAAGCGUAUCAUUAAAGGUUACUAAGGAGACUGCUCAACUCCUUCAGAAUCAUUAUCCUGAGAGAUUGGGUCUAGCAAUCCUAUACAAUCCCCCGAAAUUAUUUGAGUCCUUUUGGACGAUGGUGAAGCCUUUUCUUGAGCCCAAAACCCAUAGAAAAGUGAGGUUCGUCUACUCUGAGAACCCGAAGAGUCGCAAGAUAAUGGAAGAAGUGUUUGACAUGGACAAGUUGGAAUCCCGUUUUGGCGGGAAAAGUUCCGCUGGAUUCAACUAUGAAGCUUAUGCCCUGAAGCUGAGAGAAGAUGACAAGAAGAUGUCUAAUUUUGAUGACACUGGUUGUUCAUCACCAACUAUCCUGCAGUCGGCGAUGGCUGAAUCACUGCAGCCAGAGUCACCAGCUUCUGAAAAUGGUUGUGAGGAUGAAUCAUCUUGUGAUGAAGCAAAUGGCUUAAACGUGGAGAAAGAAGAUGAAAGUAUACAAGGCCAAUCACCUUGUCCUCAAAAGGAUGAUGAGGUCGGUGGAGUGAAAAAUGCUCUGGUAGGCUAAGCUAACUGGCAGAAUAUUACUCAGGGCAAGCUUCAAGGUCAUUCCUUUUGGUCAAAUUUGGAGGAAUGAGAUAUUAUUAGUCCAACAAAAUUUGUUUCGUUGUUUCAAAUGAUUCACAAGGCUUCCAAGGUAACAAAUAAGACAAGGGACAUGGUAAAAACACAUGGUAAAAACUGAACAUGGAGCACCCAGGUGAGGAUAAGUGAGAAGUAAGACAUCCCUUGAUGAGAGAAAAUAUGUUUCUCGAGAUGGUAUUUUCUUGUACCCUUGACAAGCAUUCAAGUACAUGGCCUUGUUAAGAAAGCAUCAUGCUUUUUUCUUGUAAAUUAGUACAAUAAGAUUCUUAAAUUAACAUCAAUUUUCUUUUCA